AUUAAAUCUUUUUACUGGUUCGUCGGAAAGGACCAGUUUAAUAGGCAACACCGGCUGACGAUACUUCUUGUAUUCUUAUGUAGAUAUUAUGUGUUUAUGAAUUUUGAUAGGAUGCGAAUCAAAACUGCAUUUAAACUGUUCUUGUUAUGUUUUGUUUUCGUGUUCAUCGCUAUUUUCAUUUCGAUGAUAUUAUUUAGUGGUGAGGAUUUUGAUGGUGGCAACAGUAUUUUCCAAUCAUUUUAUGAAGAUCCAGCCGAAUUAAAUCCAGAUGAGGAGAAAAGAAAAUCGCAAGAAAGAAUAACCGAGCCUAUAAUACUAUGGUGGACUCCAUUUACUGGUGAACCUGGAAAAUACAAGAAGUGUGGAAACGUCAAGUGUUUUUUCACAGUCAAUAGGCAUUACAGGAAUAACCCUCAGACAAAGGUGUUUAUGUUUUAUGGAACAGAUUUUAAAUAUUUUGAUUUACCACUUCCAAGAAAACCACAUCAUGAGUGGGCCCUUCUUCACGAGGAAUCUCCAAAAAACAAUUUCAUAUUAUCCUUUGAAGAUGUUGUGACAUUAUUCAACCACACCAGCACAUUUAGGAGAGAAUCUGAUUACCCCAUUACAACACAGUACAUAGACAGUGCAGCCUGGUUAUUCAGCUCCAUGUUCCAUCUGUCAGCCAAAGAAAAGACAGAGCAAUCCAAAUCCCUAAAUUUAUCCCCCAUGAUUUAUGCACACAGUGAUUGUGGUACCCCAUCAGACAGAGAUGGCUACAUACAUAAAUUGAUGAAAUACAUAAAUAUUGAUUCAUAUGGUUCAUGCCUUCACAACAAAAAUUUACCAGACCAUCUCAGGGAUCCAUUGAAAGGCAUGUUUCAUGAUGAUUUCUAUAAACUCAUAUCCAAAUAUAAGUUUGCUGCUGCAAUGGAAAAUGGAAUAUGUAAUGACUAUGUGACAGAGAAACUGUGGCGACCUCUGUUUGUAGGAACAAUUCCCAUUGUCAUGGGUUCUCCAACAAUCAAAGAUUUACUCCCUUCCAAUAAAUCUGCUAUCAUUGUGGAUGACUUUGAUUCUGUGGAGGAUCUGGCAAAAUAUCUCAAAUUUUUGGAUGAGAAUGAUGAGGAAUAUGACAAAUAUUUUGAAUGGAAGAAAACAGGAAUAACAAAUCAACAUUUACUGAAUAUUCUGAAAGAAAGAGAAUGGUCAAUUAAUGACUAUAACAGCAAUAAUGCAAUUAACUUUAUCGAUGGAUUUGAAUGUUUUGUUUGUAAACGAAUUCAUGAAAAUAUUCAACGAGAGAAAAAAGGGGGAAAAAAGUUAAAAUUUCAGGCAACUGUUGAUCAUUAUGGUUGCCCAGCACCUUCUAAAUUUGAUGAAAAUGGAAAAAGGACUUUAAAGAAUGAUGACUGGGAUUAUGAAUAUCUUCACAGUAAAUAUUAUGCUAAAGCUUUAAGGUAUCAUCUAGAAAUGAAUAAAAAUAUUGAUCGCAAUAGCAUAGCCAGUACUGCGAAUCGGUUCAGAGCAGCAGGGGAUCUCAGGUGACAAUGAAUGUUAAAUAGUUUUCUCUGUUUUUGUUUCAAAAAUCAUUAUUUAGAUCUAGUCUCUUUUAUCUAUUUUCUUGAUUUUUUUUUUUAUAACAAAAAGUUAAAUCAAAGAAGAAUGUUAAAGAGUUUUGUUCACUGUCCUGUUUACAAUGUAAUAGAGUUUCUUUUUAUUUAUACAAGAGGCCUCUUAACUCUGGACAUUUUACUUUUACAAUUUUGUUGGACUCAUAUAGUGUAGGAAUUUAUUUCUUAUUUGUUAUUUCCAUGUAAUAUGCAGGUCAGACAAACUUUUAUACUUCUUUCAGUAUUCAUUAAUUGUUAUGGAACUGAUUUCACUUGGGUCAUAUUUGGCCAUGUAACUUUUUAAAGAAAAAUUUGAUAUUGGGUUUUCAGUUUUAGAAACACUUGAUCACUCACACCAAGAUAUAUACAUGUGUAUGUGAUGGCGUGACUGCUAUAUUAUUUGCGCUGUGGUUAAAAUUAAAAGUCAGAAUGCAAGAUUUUCAUUCAAAAUACAAAAAAUGUAAGAUACUUUACCAAUAUUUUGAAUAGGUCACAACCUGCAAUCCUUGUUAGUGCACCUCUAGUGAGCUUUUCUUAUCACCUUUUGUCUGGUGUUUGUUAACUUUUAAUAUUGUUUACUUCUUCAGAACCAAAAGGUUAAUUUAAAUCAAAUUUGCCUCAAUGCAUGCUUGGGUAUAAAAGAAGAUUCAAGUUUGUUCAAAUAAAGUGCCACACCCUUUUUAAAGUGGAGAUUAGUAAGAGUUAGUGAAAAUUUUGUGGCAUCUUUUAAAAUUGUUUGCCUCAAGAACCAUAGGGCCAAAUUCAAUCAAACUUGACACAAACCAUCCUUUGUUAAUGGGGAUUCAAGUUUGUUCAAGUGAAGGGCCAUGUUUCCUCCAAAAGGGAGAUAAUUUUUAAAAAUGCAAAAAUAGGGUGGGAUCAUUUAGAAUUCUGCUUUUUAAGAACCACAGGGCCAAAAAGUUAAAAUUUACAUGAAAGCCUCCUGACAUAAGAUAUAUUAAAAAAAUUUCAAGUCAUGGCCCCCAAGGGUUAGAAUGGGGCCACAAUAGGGUAUCAAAUUUUUUGUACAUGUGGAUAUAUAGGGGAUGUCUUCUCAUGAAUAAUAGGGCCAUGGUUAGUCAUAUUAAUAUGCAAAAAUCCCCAGGUAGUGCAGAUUCAAGUUUGUCCAAAUUGUGGUCCCUGGGAGUAGAAUGGGGCCACAAUAGAGGAUCAAACUUUUACAUGGGAAUCUAGCAAAAAAUCUUAAGGACAGCAGGGCUAUGGUUAGUCAUACUAGUAUUUAAGCAUCCUUAGGUAGUGCAUAUUUAAGUUUGCUCAAAUUGUGGCCCCCGGAAGUAUGGUAGGGCCACAAUAGGGGAUCAAAGUUUUACACAUGGGAAUCUUUAAAAAUCUUCAUCUCAUUAAUUGAUAUACAAGCAUCCCUACAUAUAUGUAGUGCAGGUUCAGUUUUAUUCAAAUCAUAACCCCCAGGGGUAUGGUUGUGCCACGAUAGCGGAGCAGAGUUUUACAUAAGAAUUUAUAGGAAAACAUCUUUAAAAUUCUUCAGCUCAACAACAACAGGGCCAUGGUUAGUGAUAUCGAUAUGCAAGCAUCUACAGGUAGUCUAAAUUCAUGUUUGUUCACAUCAGGAACCGUGAGGUUAGGGUGGGGCCACAAUAGGAGGUCAAAGUUUUAUAUGGGAAUAUACAUGAAAUUAAUAAAAAAAAAAUAAUUCUUUUCAAGAGUAGUAAGGUCGCAGUAAAUCAUAUUGAAAUGCAAAUGCCUCCAAGAGUGUAGGGGGGGGGGGUAUUGUUUUUGCCCUGUCUGUCCAAAACUUUAAGCUCACUCAUAACUUUUGAUUGGUGAAUGAUAUGAAACUCGUAUUUUGUAUGUUCAUUACUUGCGACAAGACCAUUUUUUGGGAUACCAAAGUUAUUGACAUUGGAGUUUGACCUACUUUUGAAAAAAACCUAAUCAAUAACCUAUUCAAUAUUUUUAAGGUUGAGCUUUCAUAUUUUGUAUAUGAAUAUCAUAUGGCUAGACCUUAUAUAUCACUAAUGUUAUGAUCUUAAUGUGACCUUGACCUUUUCCAGAACAGCAAGGUCAUAUUGGUAUUGAGACAUCCCCAUGUUGUGGGAAUUCGUGACCAUUUGGGGCUAGGUUUUGGGCCACAAUAUGGGGACAAAAUUGUCAUAGUAUUAAAGAUAUAAAAAAAUCUUUUAAGAUUAACAGCGGAACAACAGCAGAACCAUGGUGAGUGGUGACUCAGGUGAGCGAUGUGGUCCAUGGGCCUCUUGUUAAGACGUACAUUGACCGCUAUGGAUGUUUAUUAAUCGUGAAAUUGUUUUAUUUUAUAUUAGGCGUGUUUGUGUGUCACAAAUUUACAUCCUUUGUGUUAUAUAUAUAUAUAUACUUGCUGGUUACAAGUUUUCAUUCUAAAUGACACGUGAUGAAGAAAUGCUUUAUAAUAGCGUCUCUACCAGGCCAUUUUCUGUAUAAAGUAACCUACAUGUCUUGUAAGUCUUUCUAAAUCCAGUAGAAUUGCUUCGCAUUGUAAAAUUGUAGUAGAAUUUCACAGAUCCAAUGUUUAAAUCCGCAAUCCUUUUUUUAUAUGCUUAAUAUAUUUAUUUAUUAUUGUUUUUAUAUUUUGGAGUAUUUCAUAAAUUGAAAUGCAUUACGUGCAUAUAUCUAGUCAGAGUGUGUACGUCAAGUUAAAUGUGUUUCAGUGUAAUAUGUAAUAACCUUAAAUUUGCACGUAUACCUGAAAGCAAUAAACUGUAACUGACGGUUGGUUG